AUGGCCGAGGAAAAUAGGAGUUCACAGCAGAAAGGCGAAACCAUCCAAGAGGUUACGAAGGAAAUGGAAGUCGAUAUAAGCCGCUAUUUUGAAAAUGCAUCACGCACGAUUUUCGAUGAGAUUGUAUCACCUAGGAAGGAAGAUUUCUUCGACGUUCAGAGAGGCUCUGGCAGCCGAGUCUCAGAUUUCGAGUUGCUCGCAGAUCAGUCAAGCGAAUUCUUAAAGGGCGGUUCGUUGCUCGGUAACGAACGGCUCGAUCACAGCGGCACGAAUGACGUGCACAGGGAUGUAUGGAUACCUUCUGAACAGACGAGAAAAAUCUUACGAAGUGUGGCCACGUCCACCGCUGGAACCACGUUUCUCGACAGGGAGAACCUGACAAUGCCUGGGCUUGCAGUUCAAGGGGACAUGCACAAUUUGAUAAAAAGUACUGUGGCGAGGUUUCUAGGCGAAGAUGAGAGUGCGCAAAGACAUGUGCUCACUGCUUCCGAUGUGACUCAGGAUGAACGUGGAUUGAGAAUGUUGAUACAAGCUGGUUGUUACAAAGCGGCAAUAAAUCUGUCUGGCAGGUUGUUGGCCGUGUAUGGUCAAGGAUACGGCAAAAUAAAUCAGUCUAGCAAACACUCGCCGCAUUCUCUGCAACUGUGGUAUACCAGGCUGGCUCUUCUAACCAAGCUCAGGCAGAUCGACAUUUUAGAGAACGAGUCGAAACCGUUUGAUAAUUUAGACAAACCAGACAUGUAUUUUACGUUUUACCCAGAGUUGUAUGGCACCAGACCGGGCUCGAUGGCUUCGUUUUCUUUUAGACUUCUUCUAGCUGAGAUUCCAAUGUACUGCGGCAAGCCUAAACAAGCAUUGGAUAAUCUUUACAAAGUUCUGGCAUCUACAAACCAAAUUAUAGCCAACUUUAGCGCUGGGUUCAAUGGAGAUGGAUCUCGCGUUAAGGUAAACCCAGCUGAACAAGAGGAUGCUAUAAGGUUAUGGAAAGGCAGAAGAUCCCGGAUCCUUAUAUCUAUUGUUAAUUGCGCUGUCAGCAUGAAGAAUUAUGUGCUAGGUAUUGAUAUCUUAGAGAGGCUUUGUGAGUCUGCAAAUUGGACACCAGAGCAAAUGGAUGCAUUGAGAGCCAGCAUAGGUAGACUACAUUUGUUUUUGGGAGAUGUUGUGGCAGCAGAAAAAUUUCUGAUCGAUGUUCACAAAAAAAACAGUGGCCCUACUGUUCGAGAGUUAAUAGACAGAGGAUUAAUGGCAGUGGCUCACAACUCUUUCCAAGAAGCGUACAAGUGUUUCCAAGCGGCAGAGGCAUUGGACCCAUCGAACAUAGCGUUAAUUAACAACAUGGCUGUUUGUCUUUUGUACACAGGCCAGUUAAAAACGGCGGUGCAUUUAUAUGAAAGUAUGAUAACAAGAAAUCCUGUGAAGAGUUUACAGGAAUCAGUACUGUUGAAUGUAUGCACCUCGUAUGAGUUGCAUACAACUCAUUGUAAACAACCGAAGUUACAUUUAUUGAGUCAAUUGAACAGAUAUAAAGGAGAUGCUGUAGACAUACAGUGCCUGAAACUCCCUUUAAACUGAGAUCAUCUCUCUCGUCCAUGUACAGUACACGAUAAGCUGAAAAUGAAAUUUUAAACCUGUUAUUUAAUUAUGAAUAUAGUUGUGCCGAAUAAUGUAUAAAUUUUAACAAUAAAAAUCAAUUACGAUCGUGUUCUUAAA